CUCUCAAGCUUAACUUCCUCUCUUUCUCUCUAUUCUCAUCACCACCACCACCUUCACAAACCAUGGCUGCAACUGCUGCCAUUAGUUCUUGUUUCUCAGCCACCAUCACAGCAAACCUCCAUUUGAAGCACACCUCCUCCAAUAACUUUCUCAAACUCUUCUCUUCAUCUUCCUCUUCUCUCCGGCAAUCUCCAUCUCUAAUAACAUCUCCUAACCUUUGGGAACUCUCUCAUUUCCGCCGGCUUCCCAGGAUCUCAUGCAUAGUUGCUCAAGAACAAACAGUUGGAGAACAAGAUCAACUUAUUGUUGAACAAGAAAGUACCAUUCCAUUACCUCCAUCCUCCCAAUCAACCAAACUCUACUUUGGUAACCUUCCUUACAAUUGUGAUAGUGCUCAGUUAGCAGGGAUCAUUCAACAGUUUGCUGACCCAGAAAUGGUUGAGGUUCUUUAUGAUAGAGAUACAGGAAAGAGCAGAGGUUUUGCUUUUGUAACUAUGAGUUGUAUUGAAGAUUGUGAAGCUGUGAUUGAGAAUCUUGAUAGAAGUCAAUUUGGAGGGAGGACAAUGAGAGUGAAUUUUGCAGAUAGGCCUCAGCCAAAGGAGCCAUUGUAUCCUGAGACUGAAUUCAAACUCUUUGUUGGCAACCUCUCUUGGUCUGUCACAGCUGAGAGCUUAUCCGGUGUCUUCCAAGAAUACGGGAAUGUCAUCGGAGCCCGAAUUCUAUACGACGGUGAUACCGGUCGGUCUAGGGGUUAUGGUUUUGUUUGCUACUCAACUAAGGAAGAAAUGGAUGCCGCAAUUGAGCAACUCAAUGGAGUGGAAUUGGAAGGGAGAGCUAUGCGUGUUAGUGUGGCUCAGGGCAAGAAAUCUUAGAAAUAAAGGGAGCACUGAACGUGGAGCUUCUAUUGUUUUAAAAAGUCAGAGAUUCAUUUACUUAUAUUUGAAAUUCUCUCACAUUGUUAGUGUUAUGGAUUAUUGGUAUGUUGUAAUGAAAAAGCUUUUCACAAAAUCGUAAACAAACAAUUGAACAUUUAAUAUUGUUGGGAUGCAAGUGUAAUAUGUAAAUGAACUAAAGUAAGAGUCAAUAUUCAGAAUGGUUUAGAAAUCUAA